AGGGCGGAUAACUCUUACCGCUUAACCUCGAACUGGUUGCAACAGCUUUCCUGCCCAUAAUAACUUUAGACAUUUCCUAGUCGGACCAAAGCCACACCCUCGGGAUAACUGUCAAACUUCAACCCGCGUUCCUGCUCGUUUGUCAACGGAAUAAGGAGCUAGUCAUCAGUACCAAGAUUCAAGAUGUCUGCCCCCUAUCCUAACGCAGGCCCACAUCAGGUCGAUAUCAUUGUUCCAGAAGGCAAACCAGGUGAACCAAUGCCUCAACCACAGCCUCAGCCUGGAUACCCCCCUCAACAGCCAGGCUACCCUCAACAGCAGCCUGGCUACCCCCCUCAGCAGCCUGGUUAUCCCCAACAACAGCCUGGCUACCCCGCUCAACAGCCUGGCCAGCAACAGCCAGGGUACCCAACCCAGCCGGGUGGCCAGGCGAUCGGGAUGCAGCCUAUUCCUGGAGCACCCCCAGUGGGAGGGCCCGGGGGUUGGGCUCAGCCAGGACAGGCACCUGUUGGCUGCCCCCCAGGGCUGGAGUACCUGGCUAGCAUAGACCAGCUGCUCGUCAAACAGAAGAAAGAAGUAUUUGAAGCUGUGACUGGGUGUGAGAGAAACAACAAGUAUGAGGUGUGCAACACACUAGGCCAGGUGGUGUACCGUGCCAAGGAAGACAACUGCUGCUGUGUGCUGUGCUGCUGUGGAGCUGUUAGACCCUUUGACAUGAAAAUCAAAGACAGUCAGAACCGUGAAGUGAUGCACUUGUCACGACCGCUACGCUGUAACACUUGCUGGUGCCCUUGCUGUCUACAGGUCAUCGAGGUACAGUCGCCACCCGGCACGGUGAUUGGCUACGUGAAGCAGGGCUGGCAUCUGUGUAAGCCCAAGUUCUACAUCCAGAACGCAGAUGAACAGACCAUCCUGGGGAUCAAGGGGCCGUGCUGCCAAUGGAAUAUCUGUGGAGACGUCGAGUUUGAUGUCACCUCUGCAGACCACAGUACGGAGGUGGGGAGGAUCUCCAAGCAGUGGUCCGGCCUGGCCAAGGAGGUCUUCACGGAUGCUGACAACUUCGGUAUCUCCUUCCCCAUGGAUCUGGACGUCAAGAUGAAGGCUGUCAUGUUGGGAGCCAUCUUCCUCAUUGAUUUCAUGUACUUUGAAAAUGACAAGAAGAAUGUCAAAAAGGAGAUGGAUCACUUACAUUAGAAUAUAUGUUCAGGCUGUACAACAAAAGAGUUUAGAUGCUGUCUGCAAUGUCCCUAGUUGUUCAUAAAGCAGACAAGUUUAGUGUUCCUUGAUUAAACUUGAACCUUUUAUAAGGAUAAGUUGAAACAACAUGUAACAGUUAUUUUCACACAGAAUAUUGAUAUUGUCUUUCUGUCAUGAAACCUAUGAUAAGGAUUAGGUUAAACCAAUUAUAACAGUCCAUUGCCAUGCAUGUUAGUUUUGUUUUUCUGUCAGUGUAAACUCAAAUUUGACGAGCUGAUAUAAAAAACAGAGUCAUCCAGGCAUUUGCUGUGUAGAGUUGCUUCCCUUGGGAAUCCGAGAAAGCACUAAUGGUGGGUUUGUCAUGUCAUGUACAAAAUCAGUGACCCCCCUUCCCAUAAUUUUAAAACUUAUUUUUUAAAUAAUUUCAUUUACAUAAUUGCUGACACACACACACACCUCCCCCUGUACAUGUGUACAAAAUCCUCAGAAUAAAAUGGUGAUACCCACACACCCCCACCCCUAAAAUCAUCAUCAUCCCCCUAGCCAUAAAUUAUGAUUGGUCCCUAGGUGUGUCGGCACUAUACUCAUGCCCUUGGAUGUCACCAAAGUGAACUUUCCUCCAAAAUAAAGCUGACAUGUCCUGAUGCAACUGGAAUAGUGUUUAAGUCAGCUUUAAAUCAGUCCACUCUACCACUCCACUCCACUCCGCUCCAUGUUACCACAGUUGACUCCACACACCAACCAAACCCUCUGUUCUCCUGUGACCUUGAUGGAAUGCUCAUCAGCAUACUAUGUGAGCUACUGUUCCAAGUCUUAAUGACCUUGGUCGUCCAUACAGAAUUCUUUCCUUGGUGUGGCACCACCAGUGUAUGCUGUUUUCUGUGAUAUACUGGCACCUAUACCUUAUUAAUCACUUUUUAAAUUGACGAGGUUAAUAUGUAACUUUUAAAUCUUUGAUAUUAUCAAAGUGUGUGUAAGAAUAUAAAAAUAUUAAAUCUGUUUUAUUUUACUUUAUUUUUUAUGUACCCACUUUAUAGUAUACAUUGUAUAAUUCACCUCUCAUUUUUAUCAUAAACAUAUAUUUAUUGUAUAUUUAGAGUAGAUAUUUCUACCAUAGAUCUGAGUGUAGAUAGCGAUUUCUGUAAUGGCAGUAACUGUUGUAGGCUUUGCGUUUUUCUACUCAGACUUCAAUGAUACACUGAAGUAUUUCUGUAUCCUGGUAAUAUACGUACCAUGAUGAAUGUGUUGUAUCAUAAAUAUUUUUCCUGGUGUACAAGAAGUUUAAAGGCACUGUUUGUAAAAUUCUUCAUUCUUUGAUAAUGUUUCAUGGAUUUUUGUAAUUCCCUUUCUUUGAUAGACUUUUGCUUCUUUACAUGACAUGGCUUCAGUUUACUUGUAUUAUAUUGUGAAUUAGAUCUCUAACACAAAAUCGUACUCAAGUACCUGUGUCUCAAACUCCCAUCUAAAUGCAAGUGCUCGAUAUUAACAGUAACAAAUGACUGAUGAAAUCUCCACACAGCCUUUUAUCUGAACAUGAUCCAAGUAAAAUGGGUCCAGCUAAGCUUCCAUUUAUCUUCUAUGCCUGCAGAUUAUGUUAGAGAAGUAAAGAUGAGAGUUAUCUCCCAUUAUCAUGUCUUUGAGUUGUUGAUGUAAGACUGGACUCCACCUAUCUCUCCCAGUGGAUAUUCUCGGUUAGAAAAUCCCUGACUUAAUGGAUUGAGUGGUCAUACUGGGUUACUUGGUUAUUGUAUGUCAUCCUUGCUGUAUCAGUCACUGGAUUAUGUGGUCCUGAUUGGAUCACUUACAGGCUGCCAUCAUGAAGAUAUUGAUAUGAGAGGAGACAAUCUAUCUGGGUAAAACUGUACAGUACCAAAGUGUAUCAUUAUAACAGCAAACUGUACAAAGAGUUAUCAGUAACAUUGAUGUUUCUAAUACAGUUUUGUUUGAGAUCUGUUGUAGUGUUUCAAAAACAUGGCCAGUAAAAUCGCUCUGUUAAACUUUCAUACAAGUGGUUGCCCAGUGGUUACAGGGUUUGCUCAUCACAUCGAUGACCCGAGUUCGAUUCAUUACAUGUGUAAUGUGUGAAGCCUUUUUCUGGUGUCCCCUGAUGUGAUCUUACUGGAAUAAUGCUAAAUGCAGCGCAAAACUGAACUCGCUCACUCAUUCAUUCAAAUUGCAUAACUUCCUGUAAACGAAAUAAUUUCCUUUGCACAACAACUCAAAUGAUUUCCCUUUUUAAAUGAUUAAAGUUCCAGAGUGAUUAAUCAUUUCUAUUUUUAACCCUGGUUGUAGGUAUUUAGACCACUUCCUGUUGAUGUGAAAGUGUUACAAUUAUCAAGUCUAUUUGAUACAUGAAAGUAGGACAAACCAAAGAAUAUGUUUAUGAAUAUUCAUAUAUGGAUAUACAAACGUGCAUUGUGUACAGUUUGGCCUAAAUGUAUUCAUAUAUGGAUAUACAAACGUGCAUUGUGUACAGUUUGGCCUAAAUGUAUCUUCCUCUUGGUGUAUAACUAAAUUACCAUAUUUAGUCAUAUAAACCGUGACCCACUGACCCUACUGAAUAUGCAUAAGAUCAGUCUAUUUUGUUGUAUGAUAUGGACAGGCAGGAAGUAGGUUUAUGUAAUGCCCAUGUAAGCCAGACUUUGUGUGUGUUUAAGGUUACAAAAAGACAAACAUUAAGUCAGGAAUUGUUCUAAACAUAGAUCGGGGGUGGUAGAGCUGUAAACCAUCACCAUGGAUGGUCGCUGCAUUUGACUAUCCCUACAACAGUGGACUUUCUUAAGCCGAACCAGAUAGUCAGAAAGUGUUAAUAUACAGUAUAUGUUUGAGUAUACAUUCAUUUAAGCGUCAGUGUCAAGUUUAAUUUGUCUUUGAAGAAACAUCAUAGAAAUUUCUCUGUGAUGAUAUGAUUUGGGUUACAAAAUUCUUUUUUUGUGUGUUUGUACCUGCAACUGUUUCACUUCUCUGAUGCAUAAAGGCGUACAAUUGCAAGGUCAAACAAUGACAAGUACAAGGACAUCCUAAUGACAGGUCAUUUAUGUCAUGUAGAUUGAUGUUUUUCACAAGAUAUAAUGUGAUAUACUUGAAUUAUUUCAUUGAUACUUGGUGGAAUUUUGCUGAACAUAUCUUAGACUAAACUUUUCAAAAGUUACAAAGUCAGUGUUUGGUCCUUACAUUGGCGUCAUCAUCUAGUAUGUUUCCCGUAGGGACAGUAAACUAAAAUAAACAUUGGACCAGUGUCAUGGGUCAUUUUUAUGGUGAACAAUUCAUCCAUGUUUGGGCAACUUUUAGAAUCAGUGAUAGAUGAUCUCCAGAGUCUAAGUAACGCCACCAAUCUGAACAAACGUGCAUUGAACAAUGGUUACCUACUUGACUGGUUUCACACUCCAAUUAUGCAUGCUCUCUUGUCAGAUAUACUUGAUAAUUCAUCUACUCUCUAUAACCUUUUUUUGGUCAGCACCAUUGUGUCUUACCAAGAUCCAACAAGAAGUAGAAUUUUCUAUGUCCCGGUCGUUUGGACCUCCAACACAUUUUGGUCAGUGUCACACUCUGUAAAUGUUAUGCAUUAUAUGUAUUUGGAAAGGUAAGCAAAGAUCUAAGUAUACCCGUUAUUUAUGUUAUUAUCCCACUAUGUUUCUAUAGUACACAUCAGGACGACCAAGUAGCAUCAUUUUAUCAUGUUUGGAGUUUAAACAGCAGGAUGAACUCUUGUAUAUUCUCAUUUAAAAGAAACAAAUUCUAUUAUAUUGUUGCAUGUUUUUUAAGCGUGUUAUUUUCUAAGGCUCAAAACAUUUUUUCACGUUUUUUAAUUAAUGAAGUGAUACACAUUUUCAGCAUGGGUAAAUAGUUUUCUUAUUGUCAUAUGUGUCUUGAAACAGGUGUUAUAAAUGUCUGUGUUGUGAGACAGGUGUUAUCAAUUUCUUUGUUUUGAGACAGGUGCCAUUAGUGUCUGUGUCAUGAGACAGGUGUCAUUAGUGCCUGUGUCAUGAUACAGGUGUCAUUAGUGUUUGUGUCAUGAGACAGGUGUCAUUAGUGUCUGUGUCUUGAGACAGGUGUUAUUAGUGUCUUUGUCUUGAGACAGGUGUUAUUAGUAUCUGUGUCUUGAGACAGGUGUCAUUAGUGUCUGUGUCUUGAGACAGGUGUCAUUAGUGCAUGUGUCACGAGACAGGUGUCAUUAGUGUCUGUGUCUUGAGACAGGUGUCAUUAGUGUCUGUCUUGAAACAGGUGUCAUUAGUGUCUGUGUCUUGAGACAGGUGUCAUUAGUGUCUGUGUCAUGAGACAGGUGUCAUUAGUGUCUGUGUCAUGAGACAGGUGUCAUUAGUGUCUGUGUCUUGAGACAGGUGCCAUUAGUGUCUGUGUCUUGAGACAGGUGUUAUUAGUAUCUGUGUCUUGAGACAGGUGUUAUUAGUAUCUGUGUCUUGAGACAGGUGUCAUUAGUGUCUGUGUCUUGAGACAGGUCUUAUUGACUUCGGUCACAUUAUCGGUGUCAAGGGUAAAACAGGUGACUGUUAUUUCAGUAUUGAAAUAUUGUUCAACUUCAAUAAUGCAUAAUAAGCACAAUCACUUUAUAAGAUCACAUUGUUGAGUGCUGAUUGUUAUAUGUACAUCAUGCACAGAUACAGGGAGUAGCAUCCUUGUUUUAUAAACACAUUUACAUGCCGACGCUAACAUGAGUUUCAUAGCUGAUCUCGUUAAAUGUAACAACACUGCAACUAAACCAUUUUGUGAUACGUCUCCAACAAUAACACAACAACCAAAUAGAUAUUGUUCACAAUUAUUAGAAUUCAUUAAACAAUGUUGACUUGUGAUCUCAAAAUACAUCCAACUUUUCUACAAAACCUGUGUUCAUGUUUGUAGUUGGCAUGUAUACAUGCAUUAUUUGUUUUGUCUCUCUGUAGAAUUGACAGUUUGAACUUGUUAUUCUGAGUGGCAUGCACAGCUUUUGAAUUUUUUUCUGGUUUCUAAAAUGUAUCUGUCUUUGGAUAGUGUUUCUCUGGGGUUUAUAUACUGGUUAUGUUUUCAGCUUUUUAAAACUCAGUUAAGUUACCAAUAAAUUUUUUAAUAUUCAUUUACAGCAAUUUUUUUAAUGGUUCCAAAUAAAUAAUGUAAGGAGAAUGUCAUGCUGGAUUUAUUAACAUAGAAUGUUGUGUUCAAUUUGUGACAAACUGCUUGAUUUGAGUACAACUGCUGUACUUAAUAGACAUCUAUUUUCAUAGGUUUCCUAGCAACAGAGAUUCUUUGUCUCCGUGUACAUGUUGCUGCUUGCUUCUGUAAGUGGCCUCCAGAAGAGUGUCUUAAUGUUGUUUGAAGGUUUACACACAGGGUUAUUGCACCAUGGGUUAUUAGUCUUUUCCUGAGUAUUGAAUUAAGCAAAAAACUAUUUUUAUUUAAUUGUUCAAGGGUUAUAUUUUUUUUUUGCUACAUUCACACAACCUUUGCCCUUCUAUCAAGGUUUGAAGAUAUUUCCUAGUUAGAAUUAUUUGUAUUUAUUAUUAUUAUUGCAAAACUGUAGCUUUGUAUUUGUUCUCUGAUACAAACUGUUAUUUUGUCUGUUUGUAUGACACUCUUAAUUUGGCGUGGUAUUAAAUUUAAUGUUGUUUGAAAAGCUUGUGCCUUAAAUGUUGAAACACUCAGGAUUAACAUGAAUUAAGGAAGUAUUUGGAAGUAUGAUUCAGAGUCACAAUGUGUAUUCAGUUGCAACUUGCUGCUGAUACAACAGCUUGUGUUAGUAUUACAUGCAUGGAGGUGCUGUUUGUCGUGCCAUGAAGUGGGCGGUGUUUAUCACUUUAUCUCUGUUAGAUUCCUGCUGUGUAUAAUUCUUUCAAUUAAUUCACUACUUCGUAUUACCUGUACCAUUAUGUAAUUAGCAUGAUUAGACAGAGACCGUCAGUACUUCAAAGACUUUAUACACUGUCACCUGUGAACACCUGCUUAUUUAGGUGAAGGAAGGCAGUGAAUGCUGAGACAAAAGAUGGCAACGUUCAAGAAAUAUUAUUUCUUGCUGAACAUAUGCACCAUAUGCAUAAUUAACCUGAGGCUUCGCGCACUCACC